UUUUUGUUAAAUGAUCACAAUUAUUAUUAUUUGCAUACAGCAUUUGCAGAAUAUAUCCUGAUGACUCCAAGUGAAUGUUAUGCACCUAUAUACAACUCUAUGAAAGAAAAGAUUCACAUGAGUAAAAUAGUAAUAGAGUAUCUGCAGAAUAACCAAUUCUCAACAUAUGAAGAUCUUAUGAACAAAAUACAGGUAACUGUGCCACCUUCGGGAUGUGCAUCUUAUACAGAGGAUACAUUUUUAAGACAUGCACAGUUUGUAGUUGAGCAGAUCGAAAGUUAUGAUGAAGCUGGGGAUGACGAUGAAUUUUCUUUACUAACAACAAUCUGUGUUCGAGAUCUGAUUAAAUUGUCUGGAGUCACUCUGGGUAUCAGGCGGGCUGCAAGAAAAGCAAUAAAGAAAGUCACUAAGAAAGAUGUUCCGAAACAUACCAAAGCAACCACCACGGUCACUGUCAGGAAUAUCUUUGAAUCGUUCUUCCGCGAUGAACUUGACAAUGAAAAGACAGAGCUUCCCACAAGAAGACAGAGAUGUGGUCGAUGCGAG